AUGGCUUCACUCACACAGGGUCGGCGAUCGCGCCGUGCUGCUCCCCGCAGGAGCUACGUUGUCGAAGAUACUUCGGAGUCGGAGGACCCCGGCAAUGUGACGCCAACGGCCGAUACUCAUGAUGACGACGAUGACGAGUCAGGCGAGGAGGAAGACUAUACCCCCGUCCCGAAGAAAACAAAGCGCGCUUCCCAAUCAAAGCGGAUGACACUAGAACCCACGACCCCGUCCACAGUAAAACCCGCCCGCAGGUCCCGACCGUCGACCGUCGCGACAGAUGAAUCGGACACAUCACAGGUUGAGGCGGACGAGGAGGAACAGACCGACGAGAACGAUGAAAACGAAGAGAACGACGAAAGCAUGGUGUCCGUGGUCGCUGACCCCGACUCUCCCUCGAACCAUGCGGCGUUGAAGAGAAAGAGUCUGGAGCCUGCGGAGGCUGAUCCUGAUUCUCCUUCUAAUAAGGCGGCGAUGAAAAGACAUAGUAUGGCUUCCCGCAAGAGUCGUGGCUCAAUCACGCCCAAAACGGGAAAGGGCUCACUCCCUACUCCAGAGCCAUCCGCAUCGCCAGAGUCCACACCGCGCGCCAACCGGGAAAGCGUGCCUCCCCUCGCCGACAUUACCGACUCAGCCGUCAACCAGUCGCCCUCGAAACUGUCGGAAACCCCGAAGCCCCAAAUCUCGAUCAUCAAUCCGAACUCGACGGUGUUGGAAAAGCCUAUGGAUAUUGUGAUGAAGUCCAGGAACAUGGCAGGACCGGCUAUCCCCGAGGAGCCCGCGGAAGCGAAGCCUCGCAUGAUCAUUCAAAACCUGAUUCUGACGAACUUCAAGAGCUACGCAGGCAAGCAGGUCGUUGGCCCAUUUCACGCUUCUUUCUCGUCUGUGGUUGGGCCUAAUGGAUCGGGCAAGUCCAAUGUCAUUGAUUCAUUGCUCUUCGUGUUUGGCUUCCGUGCUAGCAAGAUGCGACAGGGCAAGAUUUCGGCACUUAUCCAUAACUCUGCCCAAUAUCCCGACCUUUCCUUCUGUGAAGUAGAGGUGCAUUUCGAACAAGUUCUCGAUCUUCCCGAAGGUGGUCACGAAGUCGUCCCAGAUUCCCAACUGAUCGUUUCUCGACGUGCGUUUAAGAACAACAGCAGCAAAUACUACAUGAACAAGAAGGAGUCCAACUUCACUGCUGUGGGGCAAUUCCUUCGCGACCGCGGCAUCGAUCUUGACCACAAGCGAUUCCUGAUCUUGCAGGGCGAGGUCGAAUCGAUCGCCCAGAUGAAGGCGAAAGCUACCAGUGAACACGACGAAGGCCUUCUCGAGUACCUGGAGGAUAUCAUCGGUACCUCUAAAUACAAAACUCCUAUCGACGAUGCAGCGACUGAGUUGGAAACCUUAAACGAUGUGUGUGUCGAGAAGAAUAACCGUGUCUCGCACGUUGAGAAAGAGAAGGCCGCAUUGGAGGACAAGAAGAACAAAGCCCUCGCAUAUAUUCGCGACGAAAACGAACUAUCCCAGAAGCAAUCAGCUCUUUACCAGAUCUACAUCGACGAGUGCGCUAACAAUGUUCGUGUCACUGAAGAGGCCAUCCUCCAGAUGCAAGAGCUUUUGAACAUGGAGCUCGAGAAGCACGAAGGCAAUGAGUCUGGUAUCAAAGAACUCGAGAAGCUCUACAAGCGCGGUGUUCGUGAAUACGAGACCAUGGAGAAAGAAGUGCAAGGCUUGAUGAAGGAAAUGGCCAAGUACGACAAGGAGGGUGUCAAGUUUGAAGAAAAGAAGAAGUUCUUGCUUGGCAAGCAAAAGAAGCUCGAGAAGACCAUGCACACAAGCCGCCUUGCCGCGUCCGAGUGCCAAAGCUUGGUCGAGAAAUAUACCGACGAUAUCGAGAGGAAGACGAAAGAGACGACCCAAUUCGAGCAAGAGAUGCAGGUGGAGGAGAAGGAGUUGAACUCAAUCCGUGAAAGUCUCAAGGGCAAGACCCAGGGCCUCUCCGACCAGAUCGCAGCCAAGCAGAAAUCCCUGGAGCCUUGGAAUGAAAAGAUCAACAAGAAACAGUCUGCUGUUGCCGUUGCGCAAAGUGAGCUCGAUAUUUUGCGAGAGCGGAGUAACGCCGGCGCUGUUUUGCUCGAGGAGGCCCAGGGCAAGAUUGGCACUAUCGAGGAAACCCUGCAUGCCAAGCAGAAUGACCUCGAAGAGCGUCAGGCCCAGAAGCAGACAUUGGAGGCUGAGGUGGAGAAGCUCAAGAGCGACCUGAAGAAGUACGUUGCCCGCGAGCCCGAAGUUCGUCAACACGUGUCCAGCGCUCGCCAAAAGGCCGAUGAGGCGCGAGUCAGCCUAGCAAGCACUCAGAAUCGCGGCAGCGUCUUGACGGGAUUGAUGCGUCUGAAGGAGUCUGGUCGUAUCGACGGCUUCCAUGGCCGUCUCGGCAACCUGGGAACUAUCGAUGAAAAGUACGACGUUGCGAUUUCCACUGCCUGUCCAGCUCUUGACAACAUGGUUGUGGAGACGGUAGAGGUUGGUCAACAGUGCAUUGACUACUUGCGCAAGAACAACCUCGGUCGAGCCAACUUCAUUCUUCUGGAUCGCCUGCCACGCCGCGAUAUGUCAACAAUCUACACUCCCGAAAGUGUUCCUCGUCUCUUUGAUCUGGUCAAGCCCAAGGACGACAAGUUCGCACCGGCCUUUUACAGUGUGCUGCAAAACACUUUGGUUGCCAAGGAUCUCGAGCAAGCAAAUCGUAUCGCAUACGGUGCUCGGCGGUGGCGUGUGGUGACUCUGGAUGGGCAGUUGAUAGAUGUCUCUGGAACCAUGAGUGGCGGUGGUACUCGUGUUGCACGGGGUGGUAUGUCCUCCAAGCAAGUGGCCGACACUACCAAGGAGCAAGUUACUCGUCUGGAAGCCGACCUUGAGGACCUGGAACGCAAGUUCCAGCACUUCCAGGAGAAGCAGCGACAUGUCGAGUCCCAGAUGCGAGACAAGACCGAGGAGAUCCCGCGCGUUGAGACCAAGAUCCAGAAGAUCAUGAUUGAAAUUGAAAGCGCUAAGCGCAGUCUCGCGGAUGCCCAACGACGAGUCAAGGAGCUCAGUGCGGCACACAAGCCUUCCAAGGCCGAUGAAUCUCAGGCAACUGCCCUCGAGGAGCAGAUUGAGGCCAUGAACGAGGAAAUCGAGGAUCUCAACAACCAAAAGAGUGGAAUUGAGGAAGAGAUUUCCGAACUUCAAAGCAAGAUUAUGGAAGUCGGCGGUGUUCGCCUCCGCGGGCAAAAGGCCAAGGUUGACGGUCUGAAGGAGCAGAUCAGCCUGUUGGCGGAUGAGAUCUCCAAUGCCGAGGUGCAAAAGUCCAAAAACGAGAAACUCAUCAACAAACACACCAAGGCUCGUGACGGGUCCGAAAAUGAACUCGCUCAGAUCGCCGCGGACUUGGAGAAGAUUGAAGCGGACGUGGAGAGCCAGACUAAUGACGCCUCUGGCUGGCGACAGAAGGCCGACGAGGCCCAAGAGGCUCUGGAGACAAAGAAGGGUGAGCUGAAGGCUCUCAAGCAGGAGCUUGAUGAUAAGGUGGCCGAACUCAAUGAGACCCGCGCUACCGAGAUUGAGAUGCGAAACAAGUUGGAAGAGAACCAGAAGGCGCUUGGUGAGAAUCAGAAGCGCAGCCGCUACUGGGAGGAGAAGCAUUCGAAGCUGGCCGUGCAAAACGUCAACGACCUGGGAGAAGAGCAAGACCCGACCGAGCUGCAGACAUUCACCAAGGACGAGCUGGAGGCGAUGAACAAGGAAUCGCUGAAGGCUGUCAUUGCCGCUUUGGAGGAGAAGGUCCAGAACGCUUCUGUUGACUUGUCGGUCCUCGAGGAGUAUCGCCGCCGAACUGCAGAGCACGAAGCACGGUCUGCAGACUUGGCCACUGCCCUGACGUCCCGAGACAGUGCGAAGGCCCGCCUGGAUGGUCUUCGGUCUUCCCGAUUGAACGGAUUCAUGGAAGGCUUCGGUAUUAUCUCUCUCCGCCUGAAGGAGAUGUACCAGAUGAUCACCAUGGGUGGAAACGCGGAGCUGGAACUGGUCGACUCCUUGGACCCCUUUUCUGAGGGUAUUCUCUUCUCGGUCAUGCCCCCGAAGAAGAGCUGGAAGAACAUUGGCAACCUGUCCGGUGGUGAGAAGACACUAUCCAGUUUGGCGCUGGUGUUCGCCCUCCACCACUACAAGCCGACACCACUCUACGUCAUGGACGAGAUUGAUGCUGCCUUGGAUUUCCGUAACGUCUCUAUUGUAGCCUCCUACAUCAAGGAACGGACGAAGAACGCCCAAUUCAUUGUCAUUUCCUUGCGGAACAACAUGUUCGAACUCGCUUCUCGCCUUGUCGGCGUCUACAAAGUCAACCACAUGACCAAGAGUGUCACGAUCGAGAACAGGGACUAUAUCGAGGGUCGGUAA